CUGCAUAGGCAAAAUGCACGAACGAACCGCAUGACCUCAUCCGCCGCCCUCCUGCAACCAUCCGCCGCCCUCCUGCAACCAUCCGCCGCCCUCCCUGCAACAUGGCCACUUUUUUGGUUUUGGGCGGGGGAGACGGGGCACUCGCUCCAAGAGUUUAAGCCAAGACCAGAGCUAGGUGGUAUUGUCCACUUGCUGGGUGCGGGGGCGGGUCUUGCCGUCUGGUCGUUUAUGAGGGAACUGCCGUCUCUUAUCGCCCUUUUCAGUCGUCACCCUCGUCACCCCAACCCUAGUGUUCCGCAGUCUUCAACGCUCCGGCGAUUAUCGAACAAAAGACACUUCUUGCUGCACGCGAAGAAAGCAACGCUCCAGCCAAAUUAGCCUCAAACAUGGUGGAACGGCCCUUCAAGAAGGUCGUCAUCGUCGGCGCGGGCCCUUCGGGGCUGCUGCUCGCGCUGCUGCUGGGCAAGCACGGCAUCCCGGUGCACAUCCUCGAGGCGUCGGACCACCUCGACCAGCAGCCACGGGCGGCGCACUACGGCACGCCGGCCAUCCCCGAGUUCGUGCGCGCGGGCAUCGUCGACGAGAUGCGCGCGCGCGGCCUGAUCCUGACCACCAUGUGCUGGCGCAGCCCCGACGACCACGCCUACAUGGCCGGCUUCAACUCGACGUGCCUCUCCGACAUCGACGGCCAGGACCUGCGCACCCACUGCUUCGUCAUGCAGGACCUCGACCAGCUCAUGCUCGACGAGGCCACCCAGAAGCACGGCGCCACCAUCAGCUGGGAGCACAAGGUCGUCGGCCUCGGCCAGGACGCCGACAAGGCCUGGGUCGACGUCGAGACCCCUGCCGGCAGCACGCGCGUCGAGGCCGACUACAUCGUCGGCUGCGACGGCGCAAACAGCCAGAUCCGCCGCAGCUUGUUCGGCGACGAGUUCCCCGGCUUCACCUGGGACGCCCAGAUCAUCGCGACGAAUACUUACUACGACUUUGACAAGUUCGGGUGGCACGACGCCAACUUCAUCGUCCACCCUGAAAACUUCUACAUGGCGGCGCGCAUCACCAAAGACAACCUCUUCCGGAUCACAUACGGCGAGACGCCCGGGCUCACGCGCGAAGAGUACCUUGAGCGGCAGCCGGGCAAGUUCGAGGCCAUGCUGCCGGGCCACCCCAAGGCGGGCGAGUACACGAUCGUCAACUUCUCGCCGUACAAGAUGCACCAGCGCUGCGCGCCGCGGUUCCGCGUGGGGCGGGCGCUGCUAGCCGCCGAUGCCGCGCACCUGUGCAACCCGUGGGGCGGGCUGGGGAUCACAGGCGGGUUCGUCGACGUCGGCGGCCUGUUCGACUGUCUCGCGGGCAUCUGGGACGGGCGGGUAAGGGACCCGGACGCGCUGUUGGAUUUGUACUCCGAGAAGCGCAUCGAGAAGUGGCGCGACAUCAUCAACCCCAUCUCGCAGGAGAACUUUCGCCGCGUGUCGGAUAGCGAUCCCGCGACGCGCUUUGCGAGGGACGAUUUCAUGCAGCUCCUCCACCGCGGCGAGCAGGACGAGGCCCUGCUCAAGGACACGCUGCUGCGGUUUAUGGAUGUGCGCUAUGAUUUUACGCAGCACUUUGAUGAUGCACCGGCGAAGGCAGAGGCUAAUGGCGCCUGAGGUUUGGAAUGGCGUGUUGCUUGGGAAGUUAAGGAGAGGAAAGGGGCCCGUGAAGGAAAAGAAAGUAAGAGAACGAAGCGGCGGCAAGGCAGUGGAGACUGAAGUAAUUAUCUGGACAAGGGAAUGAGAAAUCCAACAAUAUUACACCACACAUCGCUUCGGCAAUCUAGGCUCAUCGCACAUACGCGUGCGUACUAAUUCGAUGUCAAUGUUUUCAAGCAGUCCAGGUAAUCAGGCAUGAUUCCAUUCCGGCGCGGAGAUGUAAUAGUUCAAACGACCCCACCAGCACUAAACUU